GACAACUACAUCAAGGGAGAGAAAGUUUCAAGUCGAGAUGAUUGGAAUUAGGACUGUUAUAACAGUUUUUAUGAUUAUAUGUGGGAUCCAACGCAACAAGUCUCAACGACAAACCCAAGUUACAAAGGUUCAACUAGGAGACCCUUUAUCUCUCUACUGUGUUCUGUCUGAAGAGGAAUUUGAUCAAGGAUUCUUUUUAUGGUUUAAGCAAACAAUAGGGGAAAUUCCUCAAGCAGUAGCAAAGAUGCAGAAAUAUCAAAAACUGCCUGAAUACUAUGACAAAUAUAAAAACACACAUCUCAAAGUUGAGAAGUCUGAAAUGGAUAAGAGUUAUCGCCUUUUAUUGAAUGAAACCCGCCAAACAGAUGAAGCUAUUUAUUAUUGUGCAGUCAUCGAAGGCUACGACAUGCAUUUAAAAAAUGGGACCCUUUUGAUUAUUGAAGGUACAAAUCAACACUUAUCAGAUUACCAGACAGUGUUGCAGCAGCCAGAGUCUGAGUCAGUCCAUCCAGGAGACUCUGUGACUCUGCAGUGUUCAGUCCUCUCUGAGUCCUGUACAGGACAACACAGUGUGUUCUGGUUCAGAGCCGGGGCAGGAGAAUCCCAUCCAGGACUCCUUUACACCCAAGGAGACAGGAGUGAAGAGUGUGAGAAGAGACCUGAGACUCCCUCUCCUACACGGAGCUGUGUCUACAGCCUCUCCAAGAACAACCUCAGCCCCUCUGAUUCUGGGACUUACUACUGUGCAGUGGCCACAUGUGGAGAGAUACUGUUUGGCAAUGGAACAAGACUGGAUGUUGAACCAGCAGUGGAUCUCAUAGUUAUCGUCCUGGGGGUGUCUUUAGCUGUGUGUGUUGUGUUGAACAUUAUCCUCAUCUGUACCAGAAAGACACGGACAGUGUGUGAGAAUUGUAAAGUGAGUGUUACCUAUCACGGACAUGACAAGACAACUGCAGAACAGUCAAGUGGCCAGGAAAGUGAAGACUUGAACUAUGCUGCUCUGCAGUUCUCUGAGAUGAAAGGUAAAAGAGGAAGAAGGAAGAGAGAGACCCCACAGGAGAGUGUGUACUCUGAUGUAAGGGGUUCUGACUGGGAGGAAAGUGCUCAACAGAAAAUGUAA